UAUUGGAUAUUCAAAAUUUUCAUUAAAAUUUCCAAAUAAACCACUGAUUAUCGGUAAAUUAGCGAUAUUUGGUCUUUUUCGCUCAAAAGUCCCCCGAAAAACGCAAAAGUUUUCGCCGUAAAAGUCGCGAGGACUUUAUUUUCCCCGAAAAUCACAACAAACUUCAAGUUGCGGACUCAAGAAAGACAAAAAUCAUGCCGAGGAAAUGUUAUAUUUUGAAUUGUGACUCAAACUCGAACAAAUCCUCGAAAUACACGCCGAUUUUUUCGUUUCCCAAGGAGCGGGAACGUCGCGCGCAGUGGAUUGAAAUCGUGCGGCAACAAUUUCCCGAACUUGGCGAUCAGGAUCCAGGAGUAAAUGCUUCAGUUUGUAUCCAUCACUUUGACCCGAGUUUAGUUGAAAGACACAUUACAGUGCAUGGCGAAGGCAAAGGCGAGACAAAGUCGAAGCUCAAGUUGAAGAAAGAAGCUGUUCCAACAAUUUGGACGACAGAUAAUGACCAGCGACCUGUUCCUAAAAUCACCAAAUUCAAACAACGAGUCCGUCGAUUGUCCCGAAAAAGUGACAUUUCUCCGCCGAAAAAGCUCAAAAGUCCCCCGCAUAAGCACCCGAGUACAAAUAAUUUGCCCAAAAUGAACAACGAAGCGAUCCGGCUGAACGUCAUCCAGGACUACGUGAAGGAUUACGGCCCAAUUUAUCACGAAACGCGAUGGAACAAAAAUUGUCGCGUUCUAAAGUUGUCCGUGAACAAUGAGGAGAAUCCGCUGAACUGGAGUGUCGAAACUGUCGGCAAUUACGUGAGUUCCGUGUGUUCCGUGGACAUCGGGGAGCUGUUCAAGGAGCAAGAAGUCGACGGAAAUGCCUUUUUGGACCUCACGAAAGACGAUUUGCUGCAACUGAUGUGCAUAAAAUUGGGACCUGCAAUCAAAAUAGCGACGUUAAUUAAGAAAUUACGGAAUGAAAUUUGUGAGAAAUUCAUUGUGUGCGAAAAUGAGGGUGCGAUGUGAAAGA